CCCGGCGAGUCGGUCGCAAAAUUUGUCUACACAUUUGGUUUCCAAAAAAGGAAUAUAAAAAAGUCAACAAAAAAAUGUAAAAAAUUUUACUACCAUGCCCGUCACCUACAGGACUCGCACACUGCCGCAACAGCGGAAGUUGGUCCCCAACCUACUGAGGUCCAUACUACGCGUCCUGGAGGAGACGCGCCGACCCAUGAGUGACAAAGAGUUGAACUUCGUCCUGGGCGUCCAGUACCGACGCAACGAUCCGGAGUUCUAUCGCCAAGUGCAAGUCAACCUGCGCGAUGGCGUCGAAUACGGCAUUCUGAAACGCCAGGGAAACCAGUUUUCGCUGCGAUCCCGACGCCUUGGUGAACUGAUGUCUACUCUUGGAUCCUCGCCAAACCGCUAAACUUUGGGAAACCGCCAAGCCUACAGAUAUUAAGAAUACCCCGAAACAGAGCGUACACGAACAGAAUAUAACAAAAGCUCCUGGAAAUUAAUUAGAGUCCUUAACAGAAUAGAG